AUGGAGGUGCUUCCUCCUCACCCUGGUGUGCGAGGCGGCGGCAUGACACACGGGAAUGGCUAUCGGCAAAAUGCUGUUUCAGGAAUACCCCAUCUUCUUCUGUCUGCUGGAGUAAAGCUAGGAAUUUGCGUCAGUUAUCACAGAGAAACAAGAACCAAGUUCUCAUCUUGGCCUUCACUUGCAAAAACAAAUCAAAGUGCCUAUAUAAUAAAGGAGCAAAAUCGAGAGUUAAGAGGUACACAGAGGGCUAUAACCAGAGAUAGAGCGGCACUUGAAAAACAGGAAAAACAACUGGAACUGGAAAUAAAGAAAAUGGCUAAGACUGGUAACAAAGAAGCCUGUAAAGUGCUAGCAAAACAGCUUGUACAGCUGCGGAAGCAGAAAAAUCGAACGUAUGCUGUUAGCUCUAAAGUCACGUCUAUGUCGACUCAAACAAAGGUCAUGAACUCUCAGAUGAAGAUGGCAGGAGCUAUGUCAACUACAGCAAAAACAAUGCAAGCAGUUAAUAAGAAAAUGGACCCACAAAAGACACUACAAACUAUGCAGAAUUUCCAGAAGGAAAACAUGAAGAUGGAAAUGACUGAAGAAAUGAUUAAUGAUACUCUGGAUGAUAUUUUUGAUGCUUCUGAUGAAGAGGAAGAAAGCCAGGAUAUUGUUAACCAAGUGCUUGAUGAGAUAGGAAUUGAAAUCUCUGGAAAGAUGGCCAAAGCUCCGUCAGCUGCUAGAGGCUUACCAUCUGCAUCAACAUCAAAAGCUGCUACCAUAUCAGACGAAGAGAUUGAACGACAGCUCAAAGCCUUGGGAGUUGAUUAGCUUGAUCGCAAUAUACAGUCUGCCUUCUAAUUAUUCAGCUGCAGAUUGAUGUAAAAAGUGCAAAUACUCUUUCAAUGCAACUGAUGUCUAAGAAAACUCUGAAGCUUCAGAAAUGACAACUUGAAGUUGGUACUGGGGGAGGGAGAAGGGGAGAAUAUUUUGAAUCAAUUUACAGGGAGAAGUACACUUGGUGUGUCCAUUGCAUGGAGUCUUCCUGAGCACUGGACCAACCAGGGAUGUAGUUCUAAUGAUAAAUUCAUUUAUACCUGAUCUGAAUCUGUCCUCUGAAUUCAAAGUUUUCUUCCAUCUCAGAUCCUUAUCUAUCUUCAGAAUUGGCCAUUCUGUGGCUGGUGGUGAUGCCUCCUAGGACAGCACCUAUAUAACAUGUAUUCAUUUUUAUAAAAAUAUUGCUAUAGAAAAAUUCUUAGUCUGUCAUCUUAGCACAAAUGAAACUUCACCUUUGCUGUUAGUUGGAAACUACUUUCUUUUGAUGAGAAAUAGGCUUGAAAGUUUAGCAAAUUUAGGCAGAAAGAAAAAGCAUUUUCUGUAUUUCUUUCAAGUUCCUGUAGUAACUUU